AUGUUUUCAAGCUUCCCUACUAAGGGAGGACCAGCAGGUGGUGGUGCUAGAGGGCUGUUGGACACGAGUGGAAUUGUGCACAAUAGGAGCGGCGCGUAUACAGCUGAUGAUUUUGGUCCCUUGGCGAGCGCCGGAGCAUCUCUAGGUGGGCUUUCGGCGAUGGGCGCUGGACGGCCCUCAGGAUGUUGGGUUACGGUAUUCGGAUUUGCCCCUGCUAUGGCCGUCGCGGUUCGGCAUCAUAUUGAGGCGGUCCUUGGCGAGAAGGUGAUCGAAUGCCGAGUGGGAAAUGGCAACUUUAUGCACGGUAGGCUUGAGGGGUGA